CCCGUCUUGUGCGCGCUGCUGCGUUCCUGUCACCUGACUGAUCACGGCCGCCACUUCCGGCAGCUAACUGGACAGCGCCACAUUCGUUUCGCCUAGGUCAGCAGCGUUCGUUUAUCUGUCCCCCGUGACACAUGGCUGAAACCGUGGUAGAUACCCGCCGUCUGCACAGCAAACCGCAGAAUCUGAACGACGCGUACGGUCCGCCAAGCAAUUUCCUGGAGAUAGAUGUCAGGAACCCACAGACUGUCGGGGUGGGCCGAAACCGCUACACUACCUACGAGGUCCGGCUGAAGACUAACCUGCCAAUUUUCAAACUGAAAGAAUCUUGUGUCCGACGAAGAUAUAGUGAUUUUGAGUGGCUAAGGAGUGAACUUGAAAGAGAAAGCAAGGUUGUGGUGCCCCCUCUACCUGGCAAGGCUCUUUUUCGACAGCUCCCAUUCAGAGGAGAUGAAGGGAUCUUUGAUGACUCUUUCAUAGAGGAAAGAAAGCAAGGGCUUGAGCAAUUUAUAAACAAAGUUGCUGGCCACCCUUUGGCACAGAACGAACGUUGCCUUCAUAUGUUUUUACAAGAUGAAAUUAUAGACAGGAACUACACACCAUCCAAAAUAAGACAGGCUUAACGACUGGAAGCGAGUGAAAUCCUAUGACUGUAAAACAUUAUUUUAUUAUAGUGUUGGCAUGUUACAAUCUGCUGUAAUAAAUGUAACAUACUAACCUCUAUAUUACUUUACAAUGUUACUUUUAAUUUCAGCUCUGGAAUUGGGUGCAAUUGCCACUGAAGUACAUGAUUACGCACACACUGAACCUCAAGGUGCUUGGACAGGACUCCCUGAUGUCAGUUGUGAUGUCCUACAUAUGUGUUUCUUACAUGCUCUGAACCAAAUUUAAACAAGUCCAUGUUUCAUAGCGCAUGUUUAUAGCACUACAGCAACGAUUCAGGCUGUGAGAAGGGGCUCGUGUUCAUAAAGGGUUACUUUAAGUGGGCGCAUGUAUCGUAAAACGAGUAAUUCAUCAUGGAAAGACCACAGUGUUAACAGAGUUGUAUUUAGUUGUGUUCAGGUCUUCCAGGAAAAGUCAUGGAAUGUGGGCUGUGAAGCUUGGCUGACAUGAGCCUCUUGCUCUAAGAAAUGUGAAAGUUCUUAUUCUAGUCGGUCGUCUCUCAUCAGGAAUCUUGCAGCAUCUUUGGCAGUCAUUUUUUCCCGUCCUUUGUGGGCAGUGUCUCAUUGUUUUGUCAAUGCUUCUCAUCUAGCGUUUUUUUUGUCCAUGCUUAUCAUGAUCUGUUUUGUCAUUUGGAAAGUCAUACAAAUUCUGCCUUUUUGCGCUGAGGACUUGGAUUAAAUCAUGUUUGUGUUGACGACCAACAUCACUUUUCAGUAAUCACUGAUUUGAUUGUAAUAGAUGCUCACUAGAGUUGGCUUUUUAUCAUAAAAGCUGCUUGUGAGGUUACCGGCAUCUUGUUUUUAAUUGGAAAACAACCAAGCAGCCACGUCAUCUCUUCACGAAUCAUUUAUCAUACAUAUGUAUAUGUAUCUAGACGUAAUUAGUUUGGCAGCUAACUAGCACUAACAAAGACUCCCUAGAAUGUUUCUGCUGUGUAUUAUCAUAUGCCACUGUCCUAUUGUAUUCUGUAUAUCUUAAUGUGUAAUCUUUACACACGGAAAUUCUUCAAAGCUUGCAAAAGACUUUAUAAUAAAUGUUAAAAAAAAUUACUUUAUAGAAGUAUAAAACAUCUUUAUAUGACUUGUCUAAAUUUUUGAAAUAAAAAUAUGGAAAUAAAAAUCUUUUAUUUACAA